AUGGGCCGCUGGUGGGGGCUCCCACUUCCCCCAGAGAUCGUUCUGGAACUAUUUGAGUAUUUGGAACCCACAGAUGUCGUGGCUCUCGCGCAAGCCGCGGAGGGGUUCGCCCAAAUCGCUGUCUCAGCGUACUCAUCUAGUCUCCGCGAACAUAGACGAACGAUAUUGUUUUCUGCAGUUACAUAUGGACAUAUAAGCAUUGUCCAACAUUAUCUGGAGGGAGGAGCCGAUCCCUACGCCGCUAAUGAUAAGGGAACCACGCCAUUGCACUUUGCCGCUGCUUUUGGGCACUGCAACGUGGCAUCUUUACUCAUUGAUAUAGGAGCCGAUAUCAAUGCACGUCGUAAAAAUGGACUAAGUCCACUAGAUCUUGCCAUUAUAACGGGAUAUAAUCGCGUUAUAGAGGUUCUCUUAAACAAAGGAGCCAUCAUUACGGAUAUAAGGAUCGGCCAGGCUCAAAUGACGACUCUACAUACGGCUGCUAUCAAGGGAUAUAGCCGGAUUGCAGAGAUACUACUAAGCCACGGAGCUCCCAUUAAUGUCAAGAAUGCCCAUGGUCAUACGCCUCUUCAUUUAGCUGUUUCGGAAGGGCAUCUUGAGAUAGCUCGGGUGCUACUUUGUGCUAGAGCAACCGUCGCCAUUCAAGAUAAAAAAGGCGACUCACCAUUACACCUCGCUGCCUACAACGGUUAUGUUGCUAUCGUACAGGAGCUUCUAGAUAAGGGAGCAGACCCUUCUCUACAAGGUCACGAAAAUGCUACGCCACUGCACCAGGCAUCUUCAAUAGGUUUCGUUGACGUUGUCCAGCUUCUCCUAAAAGCUAGGGCGAAUGUGUCUGCUCAAAGUUUAGAUAGGAAAACCCCUCUUCUUCAAGCCAGUGGCGCCGGUCAGGUCGCAAUCGUGCGGCUGCUUCUAGCUACCGGAAGUAGUCCUUCAAUUCCAGAUAAGGAUAGGACCACGCCACUAUAUUUCGCUGUCCUUUCAGGGGAAGCAACAAUCGCCGAUAUGCUAAUAGAAGCUAGAGCGCAUGUCGAUAGCAUAAAUAACAAGAAACAGACCCCCUUACAUUAG